AUGGGCGAUGAAGGUGUGGGCAAGUCUACCCUCCUUCAUCUUUACACGCAAAAGAUACACUUUGAUCUACCCUAUCACGAUCAUCGCAUCGAUCAUCAGCGUUAUCAAAUCGAGGUGGUUGAAGUGCUCACCUUCGAUCAGUUACAUCAACACAAGAUGUAUGAAAAUCAACUGGAUAUCAUCAUACAUGUGCUGUGCUUCGAUGUAACCAACCGCCGAUCCUUGGACACUCUAAAGCGUAUAUGGAUACCGGAAAUAAUGGGCAUUAGCUCGAGUCGCAAAAUUUUUCUUAUGGGUCUAAAGUGUGAUUUGCGUGAGCAGUUUCUGGCAAAGCUGACACAGAAAUGUUUCAACUACGAGGAUGGCUUGCAGAUGUGCCGCUACUAUGAAAAUCUCCAUUAUGUAGAGUGCUCUAAUCUCAAGUUGCCCAGUGUGAAUCAGGCAUUUGAUACGAUUUUGGAAAUCGGUUUGUAUGAGGAUGCGCAAAAAGAAAUUGAGGCACGCGUACUCAAAUUGUAUGCCACAAUGCAGAUUAAAUUUCAAUUUUAUGGCGAUAUAAAGUGGAGGGAUCAAACUGUUAACGAAGCCAUCGAGGAUAAUACCCAUCCAGGGGAGGAAUGUUUCUUAUAG